CCCGUCUGUUGUAUCAAGAACGAGAUAUCUAUUACUUGUAGUGGCCCCCUCUGUUGUAUUGAGAACGAGAUAUCUAUUACUUGUUGUUGGCCCGUCUGUUGUCUCACGAACGAGAUAUCUACAUAUCUGUAGUUGGCCCGUCUAUGGUUUCACAAACGAGAUGUCUAUUACCUUGAGCGUCUGGCUACUUCUGUUGCCUCACGAGAUAUCUACAAUCUGUAACUGGCCCCGUCCUCCAGAACGAGCUGUCUAUAUAUCUGCAGUUGGCCCGUCUGUUGUAACAAGAACGAGAUAUCUAUUACCUGUAGUGGCCCCCUCUAUUGCUUCACGAACGAGAUGUCUAUUACUUGUAGCUGGCCCGUCUAUUGCUCCACGAACAAGAUGUCUAUUACCUUGACUGUCUGGCUACUUCUGUUGCCUCACGAGACGUCUUUACGCCCGCAGUUGGCCCCUCCAGUGCU